CGUUCAUUGUGAGGAGCCAUUACCCUCGUCGCGCUAGCAUCGUGCCAUAUUCCCACACGCGCGCUAAAAGUAAUAACAUUUUUGUAGUUUUAAGUGUAAUAUUAUGAGAGUGAAAUCCGAAAUGGACGACGAUGAAAAGGGGAUGAGGGGAGACGAGCGCCCUGGGCGGCACAACUCCCAGUCAAACUCCGAUGCAAGCGAAAAAUUAUUUGUCGGUGGUCUGUCCUGGGAGACAACACAGGAGAAUCUGCAGCGCUACUUCAGCCGUUAUGGCGAGGUUAUUGAUUGCGUUGUAAUGAAGAACAGCGAGUCAGGUCGCAGCCGUGGGUUUGGAUUUGUUACAUUCAGUGACCCAGCAAAUGUUGCCCUCGUCCUUCAGAAUGGGCCACACCAACUAGAUGGACGCACGAUUGAUCCGAAACCAUGCAAUCCACGUACUUUGCAAAAACCAAAGCGCAGCGGAGGUUUUCCAAAAGUCUUCUUGGGUGGCCUGCCGAGUAAUGUCACCGAAACUGAUCUGAGAUCGUUUUUCACUCGUUUUGGCAAAGUCAUGGAAGUGGUCAUCAUGUACGAUCAAGAGAAGAAGAAGUCCAGAGGGUUUGGCUUUCUCAGCUUUGAGGAUGAAGACGCAGUGGACCGAUGUGUCGCCGAGCAUUUCGUCAACUUGAAUGGAAAACAGGUUGAGAUAAAACGGGCAGAGCCUCGUGAUUCUUCGAGCAAAAUGAACGAAAGUCAUCAGGGUCAAUGGGGACCCCCGCAACAAGGUGGCCCGCCAAUGGGAAUGGCUGGUAAUAUGGGCCCGAUGGGUGGCCCGAACGGACAAAUGGGAGGACCCAUGAUGGGUGGUCCAAUGGGGCCACCGGGAAAUAUGAUGCAGCAGUACCAGGGAUGGGGCACGAGUCCUCAGACUGGUGGGUACGCUGGGUACAGCACCCAAUAUAACGCUCAGGGAUGGGGUGCUCCGCCUGGGCCACCUCAGCAGCAACAAAUUCCACCACCCCCGCCUCAUCAGUGGGGAAGUAACUACAAUGUUCAGCCAACUGCCGCGACUCAGGGUUAUGGAAGUUAUGGUGGGCCAGCGGCGGCCACUUCAGGGGGCUACGGGCCGGCGGCGGGAACGGGGGGGGCUGCGGGGGGAGGGCCCGGGGGCUCCUGGAACUCCUGGAACAUGCCACAAAACGGGCCACCCCCCAGUACACAGCCCCCGCCCCAACCCCCUCAGCCCAACUCCUCGCAGCCCAACUCCAACUCGAACCCCUCUGGCCCGCAGGGGGACAUGUACUCUAGGCAGACUACUGGCUCCGGGGCUCCAGGUUCGAGCAGCAGCUCUGCCAAGACGCCGGAUUACAGUGGGUAUUCCGGAUAUGGCAGUUACGCAGAUACUAGUUAUCCUCAGCGAUCUUACCAGGGUGGAGAAAGCAACCAAGGAAUAGCAGAUAUGGAUGAGACAAGUUGAAGAAAUUUCGAGAAGUCUGAUGACCUCAAGUUUUCGCUACUGUUCUUUGAUGCAUAGCUGAAUAAACGUCAAUCCGUGCGUAUUUAAGAAUAUCCUCCGUGUUGAAAAUAUAUAAAUACUAGAGAUAAAGUGUGGUAACACGAUAUGUUAAUAAUAUUAUAUUUUCCUCUUCUUGUUUGUCUUUUUUUUUUCUUUUCUCUGUUCUGACUGCGGGGCUUUUUUCCCAGAGUUUUAUGUCUAGUUAAAAUAAUAAUAAUAAUAAUAAUAAAAAAUAUCAAUUGUACAAUAAGAACUUGACAGUCACUGCUUGACAGCCAUUUGUCCGAUGCGGUGGCAAAUUUUUAUCAGUGUAGUUAGGUGCGUAAAUUUUAAUUAAAACGGAGGGUUUUUUUAAAUGGGCACUUUUUAACGACUACGAGUAGGGGGCUGAUCUGAAAAGUCUACCUGAUUAAAUAUAUGGCUUAAUUGUAUUUACUCUAGAGGAUUUAUCAUAGAUCUAAAUAAAAAAAAGAAAAUAAUAAUCUAGUGGGCUGUCCACUAAUGUUACAAACAACGAGCCGCGUCUGUUUUGCCUAUAAAUAUCACGUGCCACGAUCUAAUCAAUUUAAGCGCAUCCACCUUACCUCGAGCUAAGCGUGUAGUAUUGGAAAGUGUGCUGGAUGGAAAUUAAAAAAAAAAAAAGCAUAUUGAGGAUCGUACAAGAAUCACAUUAGCUGAUGUCGCAGGUCAUCAAUUUUCUAACUGUCUCUGGACCCGGUGCGGUAUUAAUCUAUAUUUCUAUUUACUUCAGGUUACUCCCUAAAAUUUGUCGUCUUUUCAUGUUAGAUGAAUUUUCACAACCUUUUUCUUACGUGUGGAAGCACAUGCGAAUGUGCGUGCUGAUAGGUGAAGGGUUUUUGUCAUUUUUACUGGGGGGAAAUGGUAAAGUAAAAUGCGUGUUUCAAAACAAGUGGAAAAAAAAAACAAACAAACGAAAACAAACAAUAAAAAUAAAACAACAGUAAUAGAAAUACUUCUCUGGUUGGUAUGUGCAAAUUGUUGACGAAAAUUUCGUUGAUUUCGGGUUUCUGGUGUCCAGCACUUUUCUUGAUUCUGUAUUCUUAGGAUACAGUGAGAAUUUUAACAUGAACGGAAUCAUUCCGAGUAACGUAGACGCAGCUCGCAACAUAUUCUGGGAUCAACACAACAAGGAAACUUAAGGGGAGCUCAAUCAAACCAACCUUACCACUAAUUACUGUCCAUUGUUGAUUAUUUGAUUAACGAAUAAACAUAGGAAAUGAAAUAACGGUUGAGAUCAUGCGUUAAAACAUAGUGAAAUUAACUAAGGCUAUCUGUAUUGUAUUAAAGAAAAGAAAAAAAGAUUUAAAGAAAAAAGAAACACUAGCACUACUAUUAUUAUUAUUCUUAUUAUUAUCUUAAUGAUAAAGUAAAGAAGUUUUUAAGCAUAGUAAAAGUGAUGAGAAACACGUAAGUUAACGGUAAAUAAUUAAUUAAAGAAGUAAAUAAAUUAUUGUAGAGAAUUUCCAUAUUGUACAUACAUUUUUAAUGAAACUGGGGUGCGUUGCAGUAUGUUAUAAUUAAAAUUAAAAUAAAGAGGAAUAAUAAUGAAAAAGAAAAAUUAUGAGACAAGAAAAUCUAUUUAAAAUAAUUAAUUAAAGAUUAUUAUGGUAAAAAUAAUAUAUUUAUAUUUAAUGCAAUAUUAUUAGUAUGUUUAAACAGAGAAAAACGACUUAUUAAAAUAGAUAGAAAAUAGGCAAUUUUCAUUCAAUCUGAUGUUAUUCUGCCCUAUUCGUAUUCGCGCCAAUCAUACUUUCCACUUCGUCUUGCUCUAGCUACGGUUAACGAAUAAGUGCCAACGUUUCCUCUUUAUUUAUCUUUUUUUGAAUUAUCUCUUAUUCACUUUCAAACAUGAACGUUUCAAAGCUUCAACGGCAUUUCUCUAUUACAGUACAAUUCGUUUAAAAAGCUAUUGAUAUACAUAUCUCGUGAUUCUUGAAUUAAGUCACUGACAAAACUACGAUCAUAAGUAAUUUUUUGCUGACAAUAUACACUUACAGGCUCGUUUUUAAGGCCGGUAAUAAUUACGUAGUAUUUGGUAAUUUUGAAAUUUUGACUAGGCAAUAAUUCGUAUAAUACAAAUUUACAAAUUCCUAUAUCUAUCAGAAUAUUACAUAAAUAACAGUUUCUCUCAGGUUUACUCAGGUAAUGAAAAUUGCAUCAAUUUAUAUCAGAAAAGGCUGCGUGUAUUUCAAAACUCAUAUACAUAACAUAGGCAUCGAAUAGGAGAUGUUGUACUUUAUCACUAUGCAGAUUCACACGACGUGUUUGAUUUCAUCCAUCCGCUGGUUCAACCAACGCGUCUUAUGUAUAUAUUGGUAGUUUGAUAUUGAAUAGGGCAGUUCAUUAUGAUAAUCAGUUUCCCUUUUUUUCACUUGCUAUAGUUUUGUUGCGUUUUGUGUUGACUAAUCGUAAUUAUGCCACAUAGUUAGUUAUCGUUUAACUUAAUUAGCUACUAUAUUAGGUCGAUUAAAUAUUGAUAUUUAAAUGAAGUUAUAUAAUAAUAUAUUUGAAUAAUUCCGGGACAUGCGAGCUAUUUAAGCAAGCAACCUGCACACAAAGACUGGAUAUAUACCGGACUGUGGUUUUUAUCAUUAUUGACCGUAUUAAAUAUACAAACCGUAAAUAGGAAAACUUUUCAACAUCUUUAAUUCUAUAGCGUGUGUGCCUGCCUUUCGCGGGUCUGUAAACUCUACUGAUAACUUAGUUGGGGG